GGAGUGUGGUAUAAAAGGGACUCGCACUCUUCACCUCGACUCCACCAUUGGAUCAAGUCCCUAUCCCUGUUGUCAUAUCCUUCAUAGCUGCUCUCCACUAGCACCCCUUGUAUAACGAACGCCAUGUCGACGGAUCUGAAAGGCAACGCGGAUGCUAGCCAUCACGACGGGAGGAAGAUCGACCAAUUCGCUGAUAAAGACGGGAAGUUUCGCAGGCCAGCUUCGAAGUUUCGGAAUUUCGUGUCUGCGGAUCCGGGGGCUGAGUUUCCUGCAGAGAAGGACCGAUAUGUUCUGUAUAUCAAUCCGGGAUGUCCCUGGGCGAGUCGUACCAAUCUCGUGAGGUCUUUGAAAGGUCUGGAAGAUAUCAUUCAGCUUGUCACUAUGGACUCUGGAAUGACGGAGCAAGGAUGGGCCUACACCGGCCUACACGGCACAGACCCCAAGGACCCACUCUACGGCUUCACCUUCCACCGCCAACUCUACCUCAAAGCCGACCCUUCCUACGCCGGCCGUUUCACCGUCCCCGUCCUCUGGGACAAAAAGCAGGAAACGAUAGUCUCCAACGAAUCCUCCGAAAUCAUCCGCAUGUUCUACUCCGCCUUUGACUCUCUCCUGCCCCCUGAGCGCCGGGAAUCCGCACAUCCACUCGGCGGGUACUAUCCCGCGCAGAACGAAGCGCUGCGGAAGGAGAUCGAUGACAUGAACGAAUGGGUGUACGAUACCGUCAACAACGGGGUCUACAAAACCGGGUUCGCCACCACCCAAGCCGCGUACGAGGAAGCUUGUGAGGCCGUAUUCGCGUCGUUAGAUCGUUUGGAGGCGAUUUUGGAGGCGAAUGAGAAGGAAGGCAACGGGAAGUAUUUGGUGGGUGGGCAUUUGACGGAGGCGGAUAUAAGGCUCUAUCCGACGAUCGCGAGGUUCGAUGUCGGGUAUUAUACGUUGUUUCAGUGUAAUUUGAAGAUGGUGAGGCAUGAUUAUCCGAGGUUGCAUGGGUGGUUGAGGAGGUUGUAUUGGGAUGAGGAUGUAAGUGUGACGAGGGGCGCGUUUAGGAAGACGACGUAUUUUGAGCAUAUCAAGAGAGGAUACGCGAAUGCACAGAAGGCGAGGGUCAUACCCAAGGGACCGCUCCCGGAUAUCUUACCGUUGGAUGCGAAGUAGCAGUGUAAUUGUUCUUACUCCCGGGAAAGCUUCAUAUAUGGAGGGUGUAUUCAUGUACUACUACGAAGCCGAAAAGUCAUGAUCCAUAUGGGACAGGCUCUUAA